AUGAAAGAGCUGUUCGUGGACUACAGGAGACAGCAGAGAGAGCAUGUCCCCAUCCACAUGGACAGGGCCGCAGUGGACAGGGCCGCAGUGGACAGGAGUGGGCCGGAGAGGGGGGGGCCGGAGGGUGGGCCGGAGAGAGGGGCCGGAGAGGGGGCCGGAGAGGGGGGCCGGAGAGGGUUUCGGAGAAAAGGAGGGGCCGGAAGGGGGCCGGAGAGAGGGGGCCGUAGAGAGGGGCCGAGAGAGGGGGCCGGAGAGUGGGGCUGGAGAGGGGGCCGGAGAGAGGGGCCGGAGAGGGGGGCCGGAGAGGGGGCCGUAGAGAGGGGCCGGAGGGGGGGGCCGGAGAGGGGGCCGGAGAGAGGGGCCGGAGAGAGGGCCGGAGAGAGGGGCCGAGAGGGGGGCCGGGAGGGGGACCGAGAGAGGGGCCGGAGAGAGGGGCCGAGAGAGGGCCGUAGAGGGGGCCGGAGAGGGGGGCCGGAGAGUGGGCCGGAGAGUGGGGCCGGAGAGGGGGGCCGGAGAGAGGGCCGGAGAGGGGGGCCGGAGAGGGGGGCCGAGAGAGAGGGGGGCCGGAGAGAGGGGCCGGAGGGAGGGGGGGCCGGAGAGAGGGGGGCCGGAGAGAGGGGCCGAGAGAGGGGCCGGAGAGUGGGGGCCGGAGAGGGGGGCCGGAGAGGGGGGCCGGAGAGGGGGGCCGGAGAGAGGGGCCGGAGAGGGGGCCGGAGAGGGGGGCCGGAGAGAGGGCCGGAGAGGGGGGCCGAGAGAGGGGCCGAGAGUGGGGCCGGAGAGGGGGGCCGGGGACGAGAGUGGGGCCGGAGAGGGGGCCGGAGAGGGGGGCCGGAGAGGGGGGCCGGAGAGGGGGGCCGAGAGGGGGGCCGGAGAGGGGCCGAGAGGGGAGGCAGGAGAGGGGGCCGGAGAGGGGGCCGGAGAGAGGGGCCGGAGAGGGGGCCGGAGAGGGGGGCCGGAGAGGGGGCCGGAGAGGGGCCGGAGAGGGGGGCCGAGAGAGGGGCGGAGAGGGGGCCGGAGAGAGGGGCCGAGAGGGGGGCGGAGAGUGGGGCCGGGAGGGGGGCCGGAGAGGGGGCCGAAGGGGGGCCGGAGAGGGGGCGGAGAGAGGGGCCGGAGAGGGGCCGGAGAGGGGGGCCGGAGAGAGGGGCCGGAGAGGGGGGCGGAGAGAGGGCCGGAGGGGGGGCCGGAGAGAGGGCCGGAGAGGGGGCCGGAGAGGGGGGCCGGAGAGGGGGGCCGAGGGGGGGCCGGGAGUGGGGGCCGGAGAGGGGGCGGAGAGAGGGCGGAGAGGGGGGCCGGAGAGUGGGGCCGGGGGGGGGAGGGGGGGGGAGGGGGGGGCGGAGAGGGGGGCCGAGAGUGGGGGCCGGAGAGGGGGGCCGGAGAGGGGGCCGGAGAGGGGGGCCGGAGAGGGGGGCCGGAGAGGGGGGGCCGGAAGAGAGGGGGCCGGAGAGGGGGCCGAGAGAGGGGCCGGAGAGGGGGCCGAGAGAGGGGGCCGGAGAGGGGGGCCGGAGAGUGGGGCCGGAGGGGAGGGGGCCGGAGGGGGCCGGAGAGAGGGGGCCGGCGGAGAGGGGGGGCGGAGAGGGGGGCCGGAGAGGGGGGGCCGGAGAGGGGGCCGGAGAGAGGCGGCGGAGAGGGGGCGGGAGGGGGCCGAGGGUGGGGCCGGAGGAGGGGCCGAGAGGGGGCCGGAGAGGGGCCGAGGGGGGGGGCCGGAGAGGGGGGCCGGAGGGAGGGGGGCCGGAGAGAGGGGCCGGAGAGGGGGCCGGAGGAGGGGGGCCGGAGAGAGGGCCGGAGAGGGGGCCGGAAGAGGGGGGCCGGAGAGGGGGGCCAGAAGAGGGGCCGGAGAGGGGGGCGCGGACGAGAGGGGGGGCCGGAGAGUGGGGCCGGAGAGGGGGCCGGAGAGAGGGGGGGCAGGAGAGAGGGCCGGAGAGGGGGGCCGUAAGAGGGGCCGGAGAGGGGGGCCGAGAGGGGGGCCGAGAGAGGGGGGAGGGGGCCGGAGAGAGGGGCGGAGAGGGCCGAGAGGGGGGCCGGAGAGAGGGGCCGGAGAGGGGGGCCGGAGAGGGGGGCAGGAGUGGGGGCCAGAGAGGGGGCAGGAGAGGGGGCCGAGAGGGGGGCAGGAGUGGGGGGCAGGAGUGGGGGGGCCGUAAGAGGGGUUGA